ACAGAUAGUGCUUGAAACGCGUUGUGUGUCACCAUAGAGAACGAUUAGACGUGUUUUUCGUCGCUGAUCGGGAUUAACCUAUUCUAAUGCAAUAUGAGGAUUUAAUACGAUCUAAGCACAUUUUCGUUGGACAAAUAAUUUCCAGUUCCUUGUUUUUUGUUGUGUUGUUUCUAUACAACAAAGUGCUGCGGUACCAUGGUACAGCGAUAUACCAGAUGCAGAGAUGAGUGAUAUCCGCCAUGCGUUGCUGCGGCGUGAUCCGCUGAGUGCAGCUAAAGAGGUUCUGUAUCAUCUGGACAUCUCUCUGGGCAGUGCGAUGCAGAGCUCGACAGGUCCCACACCUGGACUGGAGAAGAGCACCGUGGAGCUGGUGGAGGAGUUCAUAUUUCACGUCUAUAAAGACAGAAACAUUCAGCCCAAGAGGAUGAGCUGCGUUCAGGAGCUCCAGCUGCUGGAAAUCAUGUGCAGUUAUUUCCAGGAGCAGAGCAAAGACGCAAUCCGACAGAUCAUUUUCUCCGCCCUCUUCAGUCUCCAAGGCAACAAGGCUGAUGAGAGCCGCAUGGCCAUGCUUGGGAAGCUGGUCUCUAUGGCGAUAGCUGUAUCUCGGGUGACCAUACUAGAAUGUGCAGCCACCUGGCUACAGCGCACACACUCUGCGUGGUGUGUUCGGUUGGCUCAGGUGUUGAUGGAUGAUUACUGCUCACUGGUGCCAUGUGCCAUCUCCACACUGCAGAACAUCUGUUCAGCCAGUCCCCGAUUCUGCUGCCAGCUCAUCACUGCAGUAACAGCCCUCUAUGACUUCUCCUCAGAUGAGCUGACUCCGCCCCCUGCUCUCUUGGAGAUGCUAGUUGGUUGGAUCACAGAGGACCCCAGACUGCUUCUCCUCACCUUCAUCAACACACCCCUCAAUUCUAGCCUGCCAUUAGGUUGCCUUGAGAUCACACCUCUUUUGGGACUGCUCAGAUGGUGUGUCAAAGCUCCUUUAGCCUAUCAGAGAGCCCGAAAGCCGGCUAUGAGCAAUGGGCAUGGAGAAAGUGACAAAGGGACGGCGAAUGGAGACCUGUACUCUAAACUGCACCUGAGUGUUCUUCAAGUCUUUCUCAUGCUACAGGUCCAACUGACAGAACAGAAUCUCAUUGGUCGUCUAGCCGUGCUCCCUGUGGAGUCUGUUGCCGCGCUGGUGGAGGAAGUCAGUCGUAUAUGUGAGAAACUCACGCCUCUCCCUGCUGCCAGUCAAAUUCAGCUGGCUCUGGAUAGGCUGGCACAAGCCCUUCAGGUUGCCAUGGCAGCGGGAGCUCUUUUGUGUACCAGGGAGGACCUACGGACUUUGUGCUCCAGACUUCCCCACAAUAAUCUGUUACAGCUGGUGAUGUCCGGUCCAGUCGUGCAGCCCCCACCUCACGGCGGACCUUUCCAGCCCAAUAUGUACCCCCACAUCCACCCCGGCCGACCCUCUCCUCACAGUCCACAUCAGUCCGCCCUGUCCUCUCCACACAGUCCACACCCGGUCCUGUCACCACACCCCACGCACCCAGCACUGUCCCCGCAUCGCCCGUUAACACCCCACGCUGCUUUAUCUCCACACGCCUACCAUCCUGCAGCCGUGUCCUUUCCAUACCGGCCCAUUCGUUGACCAGAAAA